AUGCCCCACUUGGGAUUUGAGCUCGCAGCCUCUCGAGUCGGAACACCUGUCGCGGGCGCCGUCGGGUUGCGAUUGCGGUCCUGCGCGCCCCGAAAUCCGGAGCGCUACCCCGAGUCGCGCCUUCAGAUCCCCGCCUCGGCGCCUGAGGAGCAGAACAGGGGCAAGCCGAACUGGGAGCACCUGAACGAGGACCUGCACGUGCUGAUCACGGUGGAGGACACGCAGGCGCGCGCCGAGGUCAAGAUGCGCCGGGCGGUGGAGGAGGUCAAGAAGCUGCUGGUCCCGGCGGCCGAGGGAGAGGACAAUCUGAAGAAGAUGCAGCUGAUGGAGCUAGCUAUUCUCAACGGGACGUACAGAGACACCAACGUCAAAACACCCGCCCUUGCCUUCUCUCUUGCAGCGGCGGCGGCGGCGGCUCAGGGCCCCCGCCUGAUCGCCGCCCCCGGGGGGCAGUGCCUGCCCCCCGGCGCCCUCCGGCCCCCGACCCCGGCCGGCACGCCCAUCAUGAACAUCAUCCGGCCCGCCCAAAUGGCGGCCAUGAUGCCCAACGGCGCCCCCACCCUGGUGCCGCCCGGGCCCGACGGCGGCAUCAUCUACACCACGCCCUACGACUACCCGUACGCGCUGGCGCCCGCCUCGCUGCUGGAGUACCCCAUGGAGCACGCCGGGGUUCUAGGUAAGCGGCCGUGGGCCUUCGGAGGGCCCCUGGGCCACGGACAGGAGGGCAGCAUGGUUUACACGGGCAUCCUGGACGCAGGGUCCGCCAGCCACACUCAGGAAAUGCUGAAAGGGGCAAUGGCUUCUAAAGUGAGACGGCACGAUUCUCGUGUCCAUCCUUACCAAAGGAUUGUGACAACCGACAGAGCCGCCACCGGCAACUAACACAUGACCUCUGACCUCCUUUGACCUCUUCACCCAAUGACGAGUGGCGGUCGCCUGCCUGCUGAACAGUUAACUGGUAACUGCCUUUGCUAGCCUCUCGGACACAGUGAGCGAAAGAACUUCUCUGCCCGUACAGUUACCCUAACAACACUUUUUUUUUUCUGAAACAUAAAAACAA